CCUAUCUUCCCCUCUAUAGUAUCUUUGUCACGAGCUGCUUCGGCGUACCAUUCCUCCAUGGCCAUGGGUGUACUAUAUAGUACUAAACUAGGACCAUUCGACUUGGUUGGAACCCUGAGAGAUGAAUUUUCCUUGUUCAACAAAUCGGGCUGAUGCUACACCUACCUCUGCUUAACAGCAAGAACGGUACUUCUUUGGUAUGUACAAAAGUGUGAGGACCACUAACUUAGUUGGAACCCUGAAAGUUAAAUUUUCUUUGUUCGACAAAUCGCGUUCUAGCCCCCCCAAAAAAGAUACUUGAAUUCUCUCAGCAGGGGAUUCCAUACAGGAAAAUGGAUGACAUUUUUGAUCUGAAUGUUGGCGGCUGCCUGUACACCACGACGCGGUCGACUCUGACUCGCUACCCGGACUCCAUGCUGGGUGCCAUGUUCAGCGGUGAACUCGACCCGUCUGUUCGUGACACCAACGGGGCCUAUGUCUUGGACAGGGACGGGCCCAUCUUCCGUCACGUACUGAAUUUCCUCAGACAGGGCAAGCUGAUCCUACCGGAGAACUUCAAGGAGUGGGAGCAGCUGGCCUCGGAGGCCGAUUUCUAUCAAGUCGGGGCUUUGGUGGAGGCGGUGAAGGCGGAGAAGUAUCGGAGAACAACACAAGAGGAACUGGAGUACUUCGAAGAAUACUUCCAGCUAACGGUAUGCGCGAACGUGCACUACACGUGCUCUGGAAAUACAAGUGAAGAGGUCUUAUGGAAUUUUAAGCCACUUCGUGAGUUUUUCCAAGCACAUUCCCAUAAGAUUUUUGACGGUGUACUAAAAAUCCCACCCGAUAUCGAGACAAACGUUCACGAGGAUUUUGAGAGACGUAAAAGUGUGAUUUUCGAGGAUAUUUUUAAUAAAGGAUUCAGAUUGUUAGAACGAUCCUACACGUUUAAUGCACAUUAUUAAAUUACGUUCAAUGGGAUACAUUCGCGUGAGGGACGUAGGCCUUUUUUUAUAGCUUAGAUGAUUCCAUCACGGACUGAUUUGCGGUGAAAUGUUGAAACAGAACCACUACUGCACCUGUACUUCAAAUAAUUGAAUAACUGAGAUAUUAUUUUGAUCUAAAGAGUAGAGUAAGGCAAUUAAGUUUUAGCAUGGAGCUGGGGGUUUUAGCGGCAUUUCCUUGGAUUUGUCUCCCAAAGUAACCGCCAGUUUGGUUAGGUACAACAAAAAUAGAUGCGUUAUUUGCAAUGAUUAUAUAGUCACUUUUAUAUCCUUAUAAAAACAUUCAGUAUAUAUGUAACGUAUAUGCAUCGGAGUUGGUUGUUAGGUUAAUGGCAGUGAAAUGUGUACAUUACGUGUAUUUUAACCAGUUAUAAUUAUAAUGCCCCGUUUAGUUUGAAAUCACGUCUAUCUUUCGUUUGUCUUCAUGAUUUUGAACUGCAAAUAACUACUGAUAAAAGUGUCUUAAUAUUAAUGAAAUAUCCAAAUAAGGUAUACCCUCUUUAAGAACAUCACUGUUUAAACAUUUUAUGCUAAAGAUGUAUGACCCUUUCUAUUCAAAUAUGGAUGUUUCUCCUCAACGAAUUUCAAAGUGGUAUGUUAUGUUAUGGGUUGCAGGGGGAAUGACCAUGUCGCACACCAGCAUCAUAAGCCAAAUUCACGUUCCAAAUUCAAUCGUCAAAUCUUAAUCGAUACAUCAUUUUACGACGACUGCAUGGUUGUGACUUCAUCAAUGCAUAAUUUUUCCUAACCUUCGUGCAGGUUGGGUGGGUGGGGCUAGCGGCUAUUAACGGGGAUUAUAUGAAACAUCCUGGUGGAUAAUUUGGACCAACGCUAAAAUAGCAAUAACACUACACAUAAAUCGUGUUACCGUCUUCUAAUAUCUAUUUUUUUUCCAGUGACUUAUUUUCAUGAUUUUUACUUUUUUAAAUGCACUAUUAUCUUUUCCUAAGCUGCUUAAUCAUAAUGUGUCGUAAAUUGAGUCCGGAAAAUAAAAUACGUGAUUUGAAUUUUGAUGUCA